AUGGGACCGGGACCGGGACCGGGACCACACACGGGAAAUGGACCUAGGAGGCGACCGCAGUAUCCGCAUCAGCAGCACUCGUAUGGCCACCACAACCACAACCAGCCCAUAUACUACCAGAGCAGUCACAUGAACCCGUAUGCCAGUGCCUACUAUCCGCAAGCCCCGCCUCACUAUCCCGCCACUGGCAUGCCCGGCCCAUACGGUAUGCCGUACAACCCGUAUGCCGUACGGUCGCCUCCAGUCAUUCACCAGCAGUACGCUCCCGUCGUCUCAUCCAGCAUGGCACAUACACCUCAACCAUACUCGCGGCCGCCCCCGCAACAGCCAUCGCCCGCCAUAUCGACUCCUCCUCCCCCCUACCACAUGACGCAACCACCGCCUUCUGCGCCCGUUCCUCACACGCCAUCUUCCACAAACUCGUCACAGGCUGUUCAACCUCCGUUGACCCCUCCGACAUCACAGACUCAGGAGAUUCCCCCACCCGUUGCACCGCAGUCUGCACCUGAGGUUCUGCCAGCUAAAGCCCCCUUCAAAUACCCUCUGCCGUGGUACUCCGAUCCCGACUCACCAUUCCCCACAAGAGCCGCGAAAUCUCGCCGAAGGAGGAGAAGCUUGAGUUCUACGAACGGUGGUAUUGAGUUGCCAACCAAACAGGAACCCGCCACCGAGACCCUGCCUGAGCUUUCAGCCCCUAAGGCCGCAACCAAACCAGAGGACGCAGUAACCCUGCUACAAUCAGCUGUCGCUGCUCCUGAACCUGCCACGGCGUCUACUGAGCGGCCAGAAACUCCUUCGACUCAGGAAAUGCCUUCUGAAAGCACACAAUCCACAUCUCCGACCUCGCCUGCUUCUGCCCAUACUACACAAUUAUCGACUGCAGCAAGUGUGACCCCUAUCAAACCUACCAGAUCAGCUUCUAAGACUGCUGUGCCAGCGGUUCCGGCUGUCCCUGUCCUACCUAAGAACAGUCCUAAGGAUACGAGAACCACAGCUAGCACAGAUAAGCCGGCGGCAGAGCAGAAGCAGGAGCUAGAGGCAGCUGCUGAGGUUGCAACAAACAGCGCGGAUCAAACCACAGCUGCUGAGGCGGACGAGGCCAAGCCUGAGUCGGCAUCCGCUCCUGCUAAAGCGGCCCCCAAGUCUUGGGCAAGUCUGGUUGCGUCAGGUGCCACCCCCAAUGCAGUGCGCCAUGCUGUUACAAACUCGACUGUCAACGGCAACAACGCAGUCGAUGUAAGCGUCAACGAAGCUGCUGCUGUACCGGGGUUUGCAAAGUCAAACGCUAGCUCUCAGGCUGAGGCUCUUCACAACUUCCGGGUGAACAGCGGUUCAAAGUUUCCCUUCCUUGAACCUAGAGGUCUGAUAAAUACUGGCAAUAUGUGUUAUAUGAAUUCUGUCCUUCAAGUUCUGAUCUUCUGUAUACCAUUCUAUGACUUUUUGGACCAGGUUGGUAAAAAGGUGGCCCAUAGUUUCAACAGUGAAACACCUUUAAUCGAUGCCAUGAUUAACUUUAUGCGCGAGUAUAAGGUCAUUGACUCUGCUACAUCUGUAGAUCAAUUGCGGCGACGACUGAAGAACGAGGAGUUGGAGCAGUACGGUGAGCCCUUCACUCCAGAGUUCGUGUAUGAGGCUAUUAGGAAGCUGCCACGAUUUGCAAGCAUGAGGCGCGGUCACCAGCAGGACGCCGAGGAGUUCCUUGGUUUCUUGUUGGAAGCCCUCCAUGAUGAAUGUGCGAGCGUGUUGCGUCACCUUCCUGAGACAUCGGCUGCCACUACAGCCGCGAACUCGUCCGCUACAAGCCCUACCGCAACUACGCCCACAGAAAAUGACAGUAGUGCAUGGCUUGAGGUGGGCAGAAAGCAGCGGUCGGCUAUCACACGCUCUUCCGGGAACCCUGUUACCUCCUCUCCGAUCACUAAGAUCUUCGGUGGUCAACUUCGAUCCGAGCUCCGAGUAACAGGCCUCAAGGACUCCGUCACGCUCGAGCCUUAUCAACCCCUACAAUUAGAUAUCGACUCGCCACAAGUCCGCAAUAUCGUCGACGCGCUUAAGAACAUCACUCGAACAGAAAAGCUGACCGGGGACUUUGGGUCACCUAGAGGCCGUGAUGCUGUUGCCUACAAACAAGUCUUCAUUGAGUCACUUCCGCCAGUUCUUAUUUUACAUCUCAAACGUUUCACCUUCGAUGCUAAAGGCGGUACCAUGAAGAUCUGGAAGAAGGUCGGAUACCCCUUGGAGCUUGAGAUUCCCUCUGAGGUCAUCCCUCGACUGAAGAGAGUGAACCAAGAGCUCGGUGGUGCUCCCAAGUACAAGCUGAUUGCUGUUGUUUACCACCAUGGCAAGAACGCCAGUGGGGGGCAUUACACCGUCGAUGUUCGUCGUCAAGAUGGCCGAGAAUGGAUCCGCAUUGAUGACACCUUUAUUCGACGUGUGCGCAGCGAGGAUGUCGCAGAGGGUGGUGCAGAGGAGGAGAAGAACUGGUCCGAUCCUAAGAAGGAACCUGCCGUGGGUGGCUCUGGCAACAGAUUUGAAGGUAUCGGUGACGAAACUGCCGAUGACGAGGGCUGGAACAAGGUGAGCGCCCCUGCAGCGGGUGCGAAGAAGUGGAGCAGCAUCGUCAACGGCGGUGCCAACCCAGCAAUAACUCCACCUAAGCCCAUCAAGGACAACAAGGCAGACAACAAGGUCGCCUACCUAUUAUUCUACCAGAGAGUCUAG